GUUUUAUCGGUAAAAAUGGCUGGCAAAGGUAAAUUUUCGGAGUUUGAUGUGAAAACGGGGAACUGGACCUUAUAUUGCGAUAGGUUGGACAUGUACUUUUUAGCUAAUGGCGUUACGGACGAUUUGAAACUACCAACCUUGAUUGCGAACGUAGGGGAAAGUGCAUAUGAAUUGAUAGUGAAUUUAUGUAGUCCGGCCAAACCAUCUACAUUAACGUACGCUAAAGUGGUGAAAUUAGUGACAGAUCACUUGGAACCCGUGCCAUCGGCGUUAGCAGAACGUUAUAAGUUUCGGCAAUGCAGACAACAAAAGGGGCAAUCCAUUGCCGAGUACGUGGCCACGUUAAAACAAAUGGCGAGGUUUUGUGACUUCAGUAGCGUGACUAACGGGCUAGAAGAGAACCUCCGGGAUCAACUAGUGUGCGGGAUUACCAGUGAUGCAAUUCGACAGAGGUUAUUUGCAGAUAAAAAACUCGAAUACAGUAAAGCGGUACUGAUAGCGACUACAAUGGAGUCAGCGGAGAAAGAUUCUAGUGCGGUGGAAUCUCCGGCGUUAGGAAUGCACUACAAUGCCAGCCAAAGUGGAAAAAAACAAUGUACAGCGUGCGGCGACACUAGACAUGAGCGUUCCGCGUGCAAAUUUAAGGAUUACGUGUGCGACACGUGUUCACGUGUCGGUCAUUUACGGCGUGUGUGUCCCGAAAAGGAGGGGCACAGAGCUAGGGCAAGACCUGGAGCGACAAAGAGUUGGGGAACCAGCCAGGAGUACGCAAGUGGCUCGGGAGGCCGCGGCUAUAACGAGAGGGCAUGGACCGGCCGGGGAGGCAGCACGGCCGGCAGGAGGCGGCGAGGCGCGCGCUCGGGCGCGGCGCCCGCGCGCCAGCACUGCAUCCGGGAGCACCCCGGGCCGGCCGAGGAGGCGAGCUGGCGGGGCGACGGCGGCGAGGGCGCGGGCCCUAGCCGACGCACGGACAGCGACGACGAAUGGCCGAUAUAUCAAAUGGGACUGAGUCAGUAUCCACCGGUUUAAAGAUGUGUUCGACGGAACCCUGGGUUGCUUCACCGGCGGGCGGGCCACGCUGCAGCUGCGCGAGGGGGCGGUGCCUGUGUAUUGCCGGGCGCGACCUUUGCCCUACGCGCUACGUCAGCGCGUGGACGCCGAAUUGGACGCCAUGCUGGCGUCGGGCGUCAUCACACCGGUCGACCACUCGGACUGGGCGACACCGCUGGUGGUGGCGCACAAGGCGGACGGCGCCAUCAGACUGUGUGCGGACUACAAGGUUACGCUAAACAAGGUACUAAUGGUAGACAGAUAUCCCGUGCCCAGGAUUGAUGACCUGUUAAGUAAUAUUAGUGGCUACAAAUAUUUUUCCAAGCUUGAUCUAUCACAGGCCUAUAACCAGAUUCUUUUGGAUGAUACGGCAAGAUAUACGGUGGUCAACACACAUAGAGGUUUAUUUCAAUAUAACCGUCUCGUUUAUGGUUUGUCCUCGAGUCCCGGCAUAUUUCAAAGGAUCAUGUUAAAUUUGUUCAAAAGUAUGCCCCAUGUUAUUGUCUUUCUUGACGAUAUAUUGAUCACUAGUAAAACGAUACAAGAACAUAAUCAACAUAUACAGGAGGUCUUGCACAUAUUGCAAGGUAACGGGUUAAAAGUAAGAAAA